AGCAUCAAUUUAGCAUGUUAUUGCCCUGCUUGCAGGCUCCCUGAAAGGGAGACUCGAUGCAAGCUCCACCGAACCGUCUUCCAGGAGCCGCAGCCUUACUCACGUGCCUGCUUAGCUUAUGUCACGCCUAUCCUGAUCAACCAGCGCCGUCGGACCUCUGCGAGGCCUCCUUUCUGCAGCGGGGCCUUGAGGUUACCCACCGGCUUGAAAAUGUGUCCGACAUCCUUCGGCACAAGCCCAUGGAGGCGCCGUUGAUGGUGGAGAGGCUUCCCGCGAAGCCGCGAGAGGCCGUGCCGCAGCCUAGGCAAGCCACCGAGGCGCCGGAGAGGAAAGGCGAAGCCGCGAAGGCGACGAAGGAGGCGAAGGCGAACGCCUCAAAUAUGACCGAGGCGCAGGAGCUGCUGCUGACGCAGCUGGUGGCCGGGUCCCUCGCUGCGGAGUCGGUGAAUACAACCUCCGUGGCCACUAUUAUCAAUAUCGUGGUCUUGGUGAUGCUGGUCCUCUUACUGUUCUUCCUGUGCCGCAACAACAUGAACCUCGAGGCGGCGGCGGCCGAGGCCAAGGCGGACUCGGAGAAGCUCUACGAGCAGUUCGAAUCAGCCACCGCAUCCAGACAGACUCGAUGCCAGCAGGUCUGCUGCUGAGGUCGGCGAAAGCCAGGCUCUUGUUGAACCCCAGGGUCUGGCAAUCGAUACCCAGACCUGAGAAACCUGCACCAGAUUUGUGCAGAUCGUUCCAAGGCCGCUCCGAGCCUCGAAACAAAGGGUCCGACCUCCAUGGGUCGCAGCUUGGUUUGUUUCCUUUGGCUCUUUUUCA